AAGGUUGCCAUGGAAACAACCAGUGCUUGAUAUAAUUGAGAACAUCUUAAAACCUCCUGGUGUUUGCAUGCUUUUUUCCCCCUGCCAUUUUGAGCUGCUUUAGACAUGAAUAGGUAGCAUUGGUCAGAACAGAAGUAGUUAAUGAGCAAAACCAAAUACCUGUGUCCUGAAUUUGAUUUACUACUGAUAUCCUGUGCUUCACAGUUUUUUGCAUCACAAGGAGCUCGUAAGGAAGAGCAGCUCUCCGGAUUCUGUGUGCUUGCUCUUUCCAGUUAGUGUGUAAGUGUGUUUAGAGAUUGAAGCACUGAUUUGGUAGAGAUUAACAUACUUCAUCAACUGUUGGAUUAAUAUUAGGAGCAAUAUGUUUCUGAAAACUAGCUUUUCAGCAUGAAUGAGACUUUUGUGAAAGAGUUCCUAGCCAAAGCCAAAGAAGACUUUCUAAGAAAAUGGGAAAGCCCACCUCAGAAUACAGCUGGCCUAGAUGAUUUUGAGAGGCAAAAAACCCUUGGAACAGGAUCAUUUGGGAGAGUUAUGAUGGUGAAACAUAAAUCCACAGAACAGUAUUACGCUAUGAAGAUACUGGACAAACAGAAGGUCGUCAAACUGAAGCAAAUAGAACACACACUGAAUGAGAAGAGAAUAUUACAAGCGGUGAACUUUCCUUUCCUUGUAAAACUGGAGUAUUCUUUUAAGGACAAUUCUAAUUUAUACAUGGUAAUGGAGUAUGUUCCUGGUGGUGAAAUGUUUUCACAUCUAAGAAGAAUCGGAAGGUUCAGUGAACCUCAUGCACGGUUUUAUGCAGCUCAGAUAGUGCUAACAUUUGAGUACCUCCAUUCAUUAGACCUCAUCUACAGAGAUCUAAAGCCUGAAAAUCUUUUAAUUGAUCAGCAAGGAUACAUCCAGGUCACGGACUUUGGCUUUGCAAAAAGAGUAAAAGGAAGAACUUGGACGUUAUGUGGGACUCCAGAAUACCUGGCACCUGAAAUAAUUCUCAGCAAG